CCAUGUUCGAAAAUUGAUAUUAUGUCACAAUGUAAUCUCUUGUCUCCUCAUUCUCUAGUUUUCAUAUGCCGCACUGCUUUCGGCAACCAGCUUAAAUAAAAAGAAGCAUUUUAGCCAACGCAAUUUGAUCUUGUAAUGGCCACUAUGGCAGCAGAGCCAACGCCAUCGACCGAGCCAACGGCCUUUCAAAAGACCAGCCAAGACGCAGCAACAGCGCCGUCACGCACAAUACUUGUCGACAGCGAAAAAGGGGAGGAGGGCAUCUUGAAUGCCCAUGAACACAAGGAAUCGGAAGCCGACUACGCGACGGGGUUGAAGCUCAUUGUGCUCAUGACAUCGCUCCUCCUGUGCCAGUUCCUAGUUGCACUGGACAUGAGUAUCAUCGCAACUGCCAUCCCCAAGAUCACGGCCGAUUUUCACAGUCUGGACCAGGUGGGCUGGUACGGCUCGGGCUUCCUGCUUACGCUUGCCGCUUUCGUUGCGCUAUGGGGCAAGGCUUUCAAGCACGCGAACAUCAAGAGGGUUUUCUUGUCUGCCGUCCUCGUCUUCGAGCUGGGGAGCUUGAUAUGUGGCGUCUCCCAGAAUAGCACGACGCUGAUUGUGGGCCGUGCGAUUCAGGGAUUCGGAGGAGCCGGUAUGACUAGCGGGGUCUACCUCAUCGUCUCAGUUUCCGUCGUGCAGCAGCUAGUCCCCGCCCUGCUUGGCCUCCUUAGCGGUAUUUUCAGUGUUGCCAGCAUUGUCGGACCGCUUCUUGGUGGUGUCUUUACGGAUCGGCUGUCAUGGCGAUGGUGCUUCUACAUUAACCUCAUUGUCGGCGCCCCAUCUAUUCUCUUCCUCUUGUUCUUCUACAAGCCUCCGGCCCACCAUAAGAUUGUACCUAUUGGAUGGAGGGAAUUUAUUCACACGCUGGACUUACCGGGUGUGGCGCUCGUUCUCGCUGCGCUGACUUACUUCAUCCUCGCGCUGGAGUAUGGCGGUGCUACUAGGCCGUGGAACUCAGGCACCGUCAUCGGCCUGCUCGCAGCCUUCGGGGUCCUAACUAUCCUGUUCAUCAUCCUCGAGUGGUACCAGGGUGACCGAGCACUGCUUGUCGGCCGCCUUAUGAAACGGAGAACUAUUGCGGCGUGCGCCAUCUUUGUUUCCAUGAUCAACUUCUCCUUCUUUCCCCUUGCAUAUAAUCUCCCAAUCUACUUCCAGGCUGUCAAUGGAGUUUCUCCGCUGGAAAGCGGCAUCCGUUUGCUCCCAACUAUUCUUCCCAUGACCCUGUUCAGUUUGGUAUCCGCUCCGGGUAUUGUCCUGGCCGGUUGGUAUCAACCGUGGCUGAUGUUUGGCGCCUCCCUCGCCGCCAUCGGUGCUGGCCUGAUCUACAUGUUAGACGUAUAUUCGACCAAUGCUCAGUGGAUCGGAUUUCAGAUCGUUGCAGGUCUUGGAACGGGUCUCUCCAUGCAACCUCCUGUCAUUAUCGCCAAUGCCAUCACCCCCAAGGAAGACAAUAGUAUGGCUAUGUCAGAUGUCUUGUUCUUCCAGUUUAUCGGCGGCACCUUCGGUAUCGGUAUCGCCCAGGCCAUCUUAAAUAAUGGUCUCAUCCGCAGCCUCCCGGAGCUCGCCCCUGGUGUGACUACAACGGACGUCCUGAGCGUUGGUGCGUAUGACCUGCAGAACAUCUUCUCGGGUGAGGACCUUCUCGGUGUGUUGAGGGCUUACAUGGCUGGCCUUCAUGAUGCGUGGAUCAUGAGCAUUGCCGGUGCCGCCGUCGCCGUUUUCUUGCCCUUACUCGGGGAUUACGUCAAGCUUCCCAAAACUCCCCCCAAAGGCUGGGAUGCCUAGGCGGACUAACAUUGGCGUAGGUGAAUACCCACUUUGACUCUUACUGUUUGGAGUAGAGUCCUCAUUACGGCUUUAAUGAAAGGGUGGGCUGGCCUCGAUCUAUAUAAGAGGCGCAUAAAUAAAGCAGUUGUGCAAUCAUAGUCCUGACGUUGUCAGUUAAUUGACCAAUUUAAUUGGGGGCGCUAUUUAUUCUUUCAACAGUAAAUCGAGCUGUUAUUAUCUCUUUUUUUGUCCACUUUCUUUAUAGUUUUGUUUUCUCCCGCGUCCAACGCCGCGCCACUGCCAGGUUGCUGUUUAAGAAC